AUGGCCCGAUGUGAAGUACAAAUCAGUGCAUACCCAGGACGGGUAAUCAUCACGGAACCGAAGGGAAAUGUGCAACCACGAAUUACGGUGGAUAAAUAUAACGCUCGACGGGUAGCACUAGGAGAUGACGUAACACUGCCGUGCGUAGCACAAGGACGUCCUGUACCUGGAUACUAUUGGAAACGCGAAUUGCAAGGGCAAACUGUACCUGUCGCUUUAGGAGAACGAAUCACCAUUAUUUCUGCCGGACUUUUGAAAAUAGCGAAGGUUCGUCUAGAAGAUCGUGGAACUUACAUUUGUUUUGCGAAUAACUCAGCAGGGGAAGAAAGUGUGAGGGUAACGUUAGAAGUAACGGCUCCGCUAUCCGUUCAUGUGCAGCCUCAGGUUCAAAUUGUCGAUGUUGGAAAAGAAGCAAAUUUCCAGUGCAUUGUAGGAGGCUACCCGAUAUCACAGAUAAGUUGGCUACAUAAUUCAAAACCCGUGGCACCAGACAGCAGGGUUGAAAUGAUGGCUGAUCCACCUCGACUGACAAUUCGACAACUCUCAAAAGACGACAGGGGUAUGUACCAAUGUAUCGUGAGCAAUAAUUGGGAUCAAGCGCAAGCGAUUUCGGAGUUGGAUAUGGGAGACGCGGGACCAGAAUUAAUUUAUUGGUUUUCGGAACAAACCCUCCAACCAGGGCCCACGGUCUCACUGAAGUGCGUCGCUUCUGGUAACCCACCUCCACAAUUUACCUGGACGUUGGACGGCUUUCCGAUCCCCGAUUCUUCGAGGUUCUUAGUUGGGCAAUACGUGACUAUUCAGGACGAUGUAAUCAGUCACGUAAAUAUAAGCAAUAUCAAAUCGGAAGACGGGGGCGAAUAUACUUGUACGGCACAUAAUACCAUUGGCAAAAUUUCGCACAGUGCUCGCGUGAACGUUUAUGGACUUCCGUUUAUCAGAGAGAUGCCGAAAAUUACGGGAGUGGCUGGUAUGAAUUUGAUUAUUAAAUGUCCAGUGGCAGGGUACCCCAUUGAAACAAUUACGUGGGAGAGAGACGGUCAAAUGUUGCCGAUAAAUCGGAGACAGCGCGUUUACACAAACGGCACUUUAGUGAUAGAGCAAACGCAACGAACUGAAGAUGCAGGAACUUAUACUUGCCAGGCUCAAAAUAGGCAACGACAUUCAUCGAGACGUGAUUUGGAAAUUCAAAUUAACGUACCGCCGAAAAUUAUACCGAUAAAUCCAAUGACUGAUAUUUUAAGGGAAGGAAUGAGAGCUGCAAUUACCUGUCAAAUUAUGGAAGGGGACUUACCGAUAACGUUUAGGUGGGAAAGAAACGGAAAAACGAUUUCGAAUAACGUAGUCGAAGGCACUUCAGUGCGAAGAAUUGACGAAUUUUCAUCGUCGCUUAUCAUAGAGAAAGUUAGUUCGACUCAUAGCGGAAAUUACACUUGCGUUGCUAGUAAUAUUGCUGGCUCGGAAAAGUACAUUGUACCAUUGACGGUGAAUGUACCGCCACGGUGGACAGUUGAGCCAGCAGAUGCUAAUGUUGCUUCUGGUCAAGAGGCGAUUCUCCACUGUCAAGCUGUUGGUUAUCCAAAUCCGGCGGUUACGUGGCGUAAAGCUGUUGGAGAACAACCAGGCGAAUACAAAGAAUUUCUUUUCGAACCAAAUGUUCGCCAAUAUCAGAAUGGAUCGUUAAACUUCGCACACAUAUUAAAAGGUGAUGAGGGCCAUUAUCUUUGCGAAGCCAAAAAUAACAUUGGAACCGGAGUCAGCAAAGUAAUUUUCUUGAAGGUGAAUGCUCCAGCUCAUUUUCCGCAAAAAACGAAAGAACUGCAAAUUGCAAAGGGAGAGCAAGCGCAUCUUCAAUGCGCGGCGUUAGGAGAUACGCCGAUGGAAAUUACAUGGAAAGUCGACGGUCAACACAUCUCUAGUGACGGCGACCAAAGGUAUUCCAUCCGGCAGCAAGGAUUAGCCGAAGGUAUGGUAUCGGAAUUGGGCAUUGACAGAACAAUUAGACAAGAUUCGGGAGUGUUCUCUUGCUAUGCCACUAACGCGUAUGGGCAUGACGAAAUGAGCAUACACUUAAUAAUUCAGGAAAUACCCGAAUCUCCAAAAAAUGUUAGGGUGACGGAACAACUGCCAAGAAGUAUCGGACUGUCGUGGAUAAAACCGUACAAUGGAAACAGUCCGAUUAGUAAUUAUAUCAUCCAGUACAAACUUGGUGUAGAUAUGUGGCCGAAUCAACCUUACAAACAAAUAGUGCCUGGUUCUCAUGAAAGUGCCACUCUGCCAAAUCUGCAUCCUGCUCAAGUAUAUCAUAUCAGAAUUUUAGCCGAAAAUCGUUUAGGUCUUAGUGAACCGAGUCAGACUAUUCAGGUCAGCACCCUUGAAGAAGUGCCAAACGGACCUCCUUUGGAUAUUAGAGCUGAAGCAAAAAGUUCCACCGAAAUUUUGGUCAUUUGGGAACCACCAUCACGGAACACCUGGAAUGGAAACCUACUAGGGUACCAUGUGGGUUAUCAAGAACUCCCAUCCCAAUCGGUAAUACCAACACAGGGUUAUACAUUUAAGAGCGUCGAGGUCCGGCAACACUUUGGUGGUGAAGCAACUCUUCAAGGCUUAUCUAAGUAUGCUUCGUAUAAUAUUAUUGUCCAGGCGUACAACAGCAGAGGAUCUGGCCCACCGAGCGAGCCAGUAACAAUACGAACUUUGGAAGACGCUCCCACACUGCCUCCAGAAAAAGUUCAAUGCUCAGUUUUAAGUGCACAAAGUUUACACAUAUCAUGGGAACCCCCUCUUCCUGAAGGCCAAAAUGGAAUUGUUCAAGGAUACAAAGUUACUUAUCACUGCGUUAGUGAAUGGUUAGACAAGGACGAUCAACAAACAAAAGUGAUUCAACAAUUACGCACAACAAUAACAGGUCUAAGAAAAUAUACUAACUACAGCAUCACUGUUUUGGCUUAUACUGCAAGUGGAGAUGGUGUCAGAUCUGAAGCCGUUUACUGCCAUACUGAAGAAGACGUUCCAUCAACACCUGCAGAUAUUAAAGCAAUCUUAAGUUCCACAAACAAAAUUUUAGUGUCGUGGCUACCUCCUAAACACAGUAACGGUAUACUAGUAGGAUAUACAUUUUAUAUGAGUAGCUUAGAGGACGGACGAGAAGCGGGAACACAUAAGAAAGUGUUGAGCCCAACACAUGAGUCACACGAAGUUAGUAGAUCACACGAAACUGCCACAUAUCAAUUUUGGGUUACCGCAUCAACGAGGGUUGGGGAAGGAGACAGCACGCGUGUGAUCACAGUAACACCAUCUAGAGUGAUUCCGGCUAAAAUAGCGUCUUUUGGUAGAGAAAUAGUAAGUGCCUGGAAACAAACUGUGUAUCUACCUUGUAAACGAGUAGGAGAUCCGUUGCCAGUUCCUACAUGGCAUUUAAACGAGUUGCCGUUGGAGGUCGGUGGCCGUAGAUCGAUAUCCACGGACGCCGCGUUGCAAAUCAAAGACGUUCAAAGUAUCGAUCAAGCGAAUUAUUCGUGCAGCGUCGAAAAUAAGCACGGUAAAGACGAAAUCGUUUACAGUUUGAAGGUGUUAGUUCCUCCCGAUCCGCCUAUGUUAACGGUAGUGGCAGAAUUCACCGACAGCCUUCACUUACGGUGGACAGACCAAAAAAAUGGGGGAUCCCCUAUCCUAGGAUAUGUAAUUAAUUAUAAGAGAGACCAUGGAGAUUGGGAGGAGCUUCAAAUUUCGGCACGAACGGAUGAACACAUGUUGAGAAAUUUGUGGUGCGGAACCAAAUAUUUGUUAUACAUUACCGCCUUUAAUCGAAUUGGCACUGGCUUAUCGUGUGAUGUUGUUACAGACAACACAAAGGGAACUGGUAUGUAUUUAACAGAGACCAUAUUUUUAGACCUGCGCGAUAAUAGAAAUUUACUAUCAACUAUUGAUAAUAUAAAACUAUCCAUAAUAUUGGUUAUCCAUAUUAUCAGUUUUUGA